CCUUCUCCGGCUGCCCGCCCGCUCGGCAAGCUCCACCCGGAGGAGAUUCCCCCCCUUCAGGAUCCUCCUGCCUGGGCGAAUCCAUUCGGUUUAUUGCGGAUUUGUUUGCUGUAUGUUGCAUUCUUAUUUCCUAAAAGUCUCGGUUAAGUCACGCCCCAUGCGGCGGUACGAUCCAUUAACCUAUUACGGAUUUGUUCUGCUGCUUAGGGACUUCAUGAUGUGCGAUGCUGCGGAUGAGGGUUUUAGGGUUUAUAGGGUGGAAUAUAGUGGCUAUGUCUCGCUCUUGCCCCCUAUUGCUUCGAGGCAUUUGAUAUUUAGCAGAUGGAUGGGCUUGUUAGCCUAUUAAGAUGGAAGAGCUAAUGUUCUGUCUCGUGGGAGACAGGCUGCUUAGGGGAGUUUCUGUACUUCGCCAGUCGAUCAUGUCAAAGGAUUCAUCCCUCUUCUCAUCGAAUAGUGGAAGUUAUGGUGCUUGUUUUUUGGCUAUUGCGGCGUGGCAUUUCGAAAUUGAGGCUAAAGUAGUGUACUUGUGGAUAAUGUGAAAGGGUUUGGGGGGAAACAACCAUCUUUUCUGUCGAUAAUCUUUAGUUUCUUCUCCUUCCCUGCCUAUCUUUGUGUGCCAACUCACUUUGGUGACAGUAGGAUGAGUCUGUCUACCAUAGCAAGACGACUAUGUUGUUCAAGACCAUCACCAACGAAUCAACUUUCAGUCGUCUUGGCUCGUAUGUACAGCACGGAGGCUGCAACAGACACAAGUGCUAAGAGAUACAAAUAUCCUGAAGUGUAUGAUCCAUAUGGGCCUAUGCCACCACCAUCAGAGAAAGUUGUGGGUCUAGCUGACCGCAUUGCUGCUCUCCCUCCUGAGGAGAUCAAACAAAUCGCUCCAGCUCUCCUUCUCAGACUAAACCAACCGGCGCCACAGGCAAUUUCUGGCCAGGGUUUCAGUCUUGGUUCUCAAGGUGGUGCCGGUGCUGGUGCCGCGAAAUCUGAAGAGAAGAAGGCUGAGAAGACGGUCUUUGAUGUCAAGUUGGAGAAAUUUGAGGCUGCUGCUAAGAUCAAGAUUAUUAAGGAGAUCAGAACAUUUACAGAUUUGGGGCUGAAGGAGGCGAAGGAGCUUGUGGAGAAGGCCCCUGUCAUUUUGAAGCAGUCACUCACAAAGGAGGAAGCAGAGGCAAUCAUAGCGAAGAUAAAGACGGCUGGUGGUGUUGCUGUGAUGGAGUGAAGGAUCAAAUCCUGGACACUGCCAACCUUUUUUCUUGUGAUUUUGUUACCAUGAUCGGGCCUUAGUGGUCACAGUAUCUCUAUACUGAUGGAGGAAAUGGUUCACCUGUGACAGGUAACCAAAAGCAGCGAACUAGAUAUUUAGUUGGUACGGGUGAUGCCGCGAUUAUUUGUUCUAGAAUAAGCCUUUCUUUGAGUAUCACAUGACUUUCCUGAUGUAAUACUGUUGAUAAUGGAGCUGGAAUGUAGACACCAUUGCUACGACUGUGAUGCUGAUACAUUUUGUUUGUCUUGCUGAA